AUGAGUCAGAAGCAAGCGGAUAAAAAGAGGCCGGACGAAAGUUUCGGCAUCACGGUGUCUAAAGAUGAGAACUUUCCGCAAUGGUAUCAAGAGGUGGUUCUGAAGUCGGAAAUGGUCGAAUACUACCAAGAAAUAUCGGGAUUCUUCAUUUUGAGGCCCCUCUCGAUGUUCAUUUGGAACCAGAUCAAGCAGUGGUUCCAAGAGCGACUUGACGAGAUGGAUGUUGAGGAGGCGAGCUUCCCGACCUUUCUAUCCGCAAAGUCGAUUGAGAAAGAGAAAGACCACGUCGAAGGCUUUGCUCCUGAACUCGCAUGGGUAACUAAAGCUGGCUCGAAAGAGCUCGAGACCCCCAUCGCCGUACGACCGACUUCAGAAGCUAUCAUAUAUCCAUACUAUAGCAAAUGGCUCCGAAGCCACCGCGAUCUCCCUCUACGACUGAACCAGUGGAACUCCGUCAUUCGGUGGGAAGCGAAGCAAACAACACCUUUCCUUCGCACACGGGAGUUUCUCUGGCAAGAAGGGCAUACUGCGCACUUGACCGAAGAGGAUGCAGGCAAAGAAGUUCGAGAGAUUCUAGAGCUUUAUGCCCAAAUCUAUGAGCACCUCCUCGCAGUCCCCGUCGUACGUGGGCGCAAGACUGAACAUGAGAAAUUUGCCGGGGCAUACUACACAACGACUGUUGAGGGCUACAUCCCCGCUAAUGGACGGGGGAUCCAAGGCGCCACAUCGCAUUGUCUGGGACAGAACUUUAGCAAGAUAUUCGAUAUUUCUGUUGAAGAUCCGACAGGCAACGGUCAUAUCCAUGUCUGGCAAAACUCGUGGGCUUUUUCCAGCCGCGUUCUAGGGGUCAUGGUAAUGAUUCAUGGCGAUGAUAAAGGACUGGUGCUUCCUCCUCGAGUAGCUCAAAUCCAGACAGUCAUUGUCCCCGUUGGUGUCAAGAAGUCAACUAGCCCAGAGGAGAAGCAGAUCUUCUUCGGUCAGAUAGAAGGCAUAGCCAAGAAGCUGAAGCUCGCCGGUGUGCGAGUAUGGAUUGAUGACCGGGAUGGCUACACUCCUGCCUGGAAGUUCAAUGCCUGGGAACUCAAAGGGGUCCCAUUGAGAAUUGAAUUCGGUCCGCGGGAUGCUGCAGGGGGCGUAAUCAGCUACUGUCGGCGGGAUAACAGCGAAAAGGGUACAAUCCCGAUUGACAAUAUCUCAGCCGAAAUCCCAGAGCUACUGGAGGCGAUCCAAAAGAGCAUGUACGAUCGCGCUGAUGCAUCAUAUCGACAGCAUCGCAUCCAAGUUUGGAAAUGGGAGGAUGUUCUCCCAGCCCUGGAUGAGAAGAACGUCUUGCUGAUACCAUUUUGCCUGGAGAAGCAUUGCGAGGAGAAGAUCAAAGAGCUUACAACGCGACAGGACGAUACGUCUCAUAUUCCAGAGGAACGGCGACCCCCCACUAUGGGGAUGAAGAGCCUAUGUAUUCCCUUUGAACAGCCCGGAGGUUCGGGUCACUCAACCAAGUGCUUACGCCCUGAGUGUGGGAAAAUGGCAUUGAAAUGGACCAUGUUUGGUAGAAGUUAUUAG